AUGAGUGUUUUGCUGUGUGCACUCGCUGUGGCUUCGCUACGAUUGGUUUGGAUUGAAAGAGACGACCUCAACGAUUUUUCCUUACCCUUGAAUGUGUUGCACCGAAUAGCCCAGAUCUUUUCAACAUCAUGUGAUGCUGAUAAGGCUGGCGUACGUCAAGUAUGCAGCCGUUUGCCGCCAAUUCACUCUGUACCGAUCGCUUUGCCUCCUCUAUCCCGACAUAUCCUGUUCUUCUGUCCAUCGUUGCAGGACUUCUCAAGUCUGAAUUUACCAAACUCACCAUUUCUCGUUGCCUUAUUUCUCAACGAUGCCGAAGUACCUUGGGCAAUGGCGUGUCCUAAUCGUUUACUUUUCCGGCUAGGAUUGAAAUACAGCUGGUAUCCUACUCCCAUUGUUAAUGUUGUUGGAAGACAAGCAGUAUUUUCAACGGAAACUUCUCAAACGGUGUUCACAGACUUCCGGAGCUGGUCUUUUCGCAUGAAACAUCUUGCAGGAAGCACUGUUACGCUAAACAAUGAUGUGACCCUCGUUGAGAUUCCAAAGUCCGCCAAAGAUGACCUGGGAGAAAUUAUCUCCUUCAAUAGCAAAAUGCUGGCCUGGUCAACUGGCAUAAAUUUGUCGGCUGACAGUCAUCUGGUCUGUGAUGAGACCGACGGUGUGUACUCGACACAAGUUUUGGCUCGGGGAUCCUCUAGAAAAGCUACCGGUGCUUCAUUUGUAAUUAUUGACGGUGGGCUAAAAACAAGUGGGCUGCAGAUUUCCGUUGUGGAAGAUGGUGUUGCUAUUCGUAUCCCAUCAGAAAGGUUAGAAAACCUGCUCCAGGCACUCAGUUGUGGAGAGAACUGGAUCACCUCGGACACAUCUGGCACUCAAUUUAUUGUUCGGUGGACAGACGGUUCCGGUCAGCCAUUCCCGUUCGGGCCAGUCUCUCCCAUUGAUGGACAAAAUCUUGCGAACAAAUUCCAGUACGGAUUAUCUUUGGAAAGAGCAAUCACGUCGGUUCUCCAAGUAAACAGUGUUCCUGAUUAUGGUGUUCGUCUUUCACAUGUCUACAAUCUCAAGGACUGUCGCCUAGCCCCUGAUGAUGAACCGAAGGUGUUCAGUAUUGCAGCCGAAAUGUUUAGCACGGCGAAUAGUACUGGAAAUGCUCGAACCGUACCUGGCAAUGCUGAUCAACAUGAAUAUUAUGUGAGCUAUUCUGCGAAUUUCGGCUCAUUUCGGUGA